GCCGGAAAAUUUCAGAUGAGAGCUCUGGAAUUAGUUUUACCGCCAUCUCCGGCAUCUCUCGUUCCUUCUUUCAACCACUCCGCCGCUCAGAUCGUCGGAAAUGACGUCAGAACCAACUUCGAUGUUCAGCUUUUCCUGAGGAGACCGAAACACCAAAUAUCAGAACCCGUCGUCGUUAUUCAACCACAGAUUCAGAUAGAUAGAGCUCCAAAAUCGAAUCCUAGAUGCUCGACUUCCGAUAUUCUCCGACUAAUGGACUCUCUUUCUCUGCCUGGAAACGAAGAUCUAUACUCUUGUCUCGCCAAGGAAUCAACCACCGAAUGCGAUCAACGUGGAGCAUACGACCUACAAGUGCAUAUCAUGAACUCCAGCGUAAGACCCAGGACGACUUUUCUCAAUCGUCUUCUCUUAAUGCACGUUUCGUGUGGGCGUCUAGAUAUCACACGCCAAAUGUUCGAUAAAAUGCCUCAAAGAGAUUUUCAUUCCUGGGCAAUCGUUAUACUCGGAUGUAUUGAAAUGGGUGAUUAUCAAGACGCUGUUUUUCUCUUUGUCUCGAUGUUGAAAAACCAGAAUCGUGUUUCCAAGAUCCCUCCUUGGAUCAUGGGCUGCGUUUUAAAAGCGUGUGGUAUGAUCAGAGAUUUGGAUUUGGGAAAACAGGUCCAUGGCUUGUGUCAGAAGCUAGGGUUUAUAGAGGUAGAAGAUUCGUAUCUCUCGGGUUGCUUGGUACGUUUCUACGGAGAAUUCAGGUGUUUGGAAGACGCGAAUCUUGUGCUAAACCAGCUCUCUAAUGCGAACACCGUUGUUUGGGCAGCGAAGGUUACUAACGACUACAGAGAAGGACGGUUUCAAGAGGUGAUUCUUGAUUUCAUCGAAAUGGGUAAGCACGGGAUCAAGAAGAACGUCUCGGUGUUCUCUAAUGUUUUGAAAGCGUGCACAUGGGUCAGUGACGGUGGGAGAAGCGGGAGAGGAGUGCACGCGAGUGCCAUAAAGCUCGGGUUCGAGUCAGAUUGUAUGAUCCGAUGUCGGUUAAUUGAGAUGUAUGGGAAGUAUGGGAAGGUGAAAGAUGCAGAAAAGGUUUUCAAGAAUGAGAGAGCGUUAAGUUGCUGUAACGCUAUGGUCGCUGGUUAUAUGCAGAAUGGGUUUUACGUUGAAGCCAUUAAGCUUCUUUAUCAGAUGAAAGCAACUGGAUUACAAGUAGAGGACACACUCUUGAACGAAGUCAACCUGAAGCCCACUUCUAGAUAUAACAAACUAUAGAUAAAAGAAAAUGAUGAACUUUGUAUGUAAAUAUCUAUAUAUA